GUCGAAUGUAAACACUGACGACGAAUACUUUGUUAUCUUUUCGUGUUGUGUCCGGAAGAGCACAUAUCUUUUUACAAACAAGAUUUUGAUAUCAGAAUUUCUAACGAACAUAUCAGUAAGAAAUCCAACGAACUCAUGGACCAUAUAAAACAGCGUUUGGUUCAACAGAUGUCAAAUGGAUGAUUUUAUGCUAUUUGUUAUAAUUGUAGCGAUAGGUUUACAUAUUUUUCUGACAUUUCUUCUUAUUGGGUACAUAUGUUAUAAAGAUUGCACAUGUACCUUUCCUAAAUGUAGAAAAACUUUGAGAGAAGAUGAAAUUGAAAGGAAUUCUGAAAUCGAUGAAACAGAACAGGAGAUACAUUUAUCAGAACCAUCGGAACAAAGUUCUACGCAAAGGGAAGCACCCCGUGUCAAUGUUUAUUUUACUAACAGAUGGGUAUCAUCUCUAGCCAAUAGGAUCCAGAAUUAUGUGCGCAGACACAGUACUGGUGAUCAAGAAAUGACACCUACCAUAAUAGUUACCGGCAUUGUUGACACAGGAGACGAGGAUGACGAUGCUUUACCGUGUUACAAUGAGGCUUUAUCUCUCGAAAUUCAUUCAAUGAAAUCUAUGGAUUCUCCACCGUCUUAUGAAGAAAUUUUCUUAAAACUUCAACAAACCAAACUUUAGAAUAUGAUAUAAUAUGAUUAACAAAUUAGUGUUAAAAUGUGAUUAUGUUAGCUUGUUAUGUUUAUGUUUUUCUUAAAUUUGAUAUAUAAUAAAUGAUCUGACAGUAAGAAUA